AUGGCUCAUUCAGUCCAAUCAAAGUUCCCCGAGAGUGUCAAAGCCAAGCUCGUCUCUCAGAUCAACGCAGACCCCGGCAUCCCUAAAAGCAAUCCCACACUCCCGACAUGGCAAAUACCACUACAUCCUCUCUCUGACGUUCAGUCCGAGACCCUUCCAUCAUUUACAGACUUUGCCAUCAUCGGCUCGGGGAUCACAGGCUGCAGCGUUGCCAAGCACAUUCUCGAGCAUGAACUAGCACAUGAUAAAAAGGUGAUGGUUCUGGAUGCGCGAACUUUGACCAGUGGAGCUACAAGUCGCAAUGCCGGAUUUAUGCUAUCUCACGUACCUUCACAUUUUGGAGAAUUUACUCAAGGGUUCGGGAAAGAAGGGGCCGAAGCCAUUGCCAAGUUCUGUAAGAGAACCUUGGAGAACCUCUCUGCCUUGAUCACAGAACAGGGCUCCGAUGUGGAAAAGGCUUGCGAGAAGAGGGCUGUCGAAGCUGUCAUUGCCUUCAAAGAUGAAGAGCUUUUCAACGAAUGUAUUCCAUCGAUUAAACUUUACGAAGAAUCAUUUCCAGAGGAACGAGGCGUGAUAAAGGUCAUCGGUCAGACAGAGAUAGAGCAGAAUUAUAACCUCAAAGGCGCUAAAGGCGCUCUUUGUAUACCCGCACAUGUAUUCUGGCCGUAUCGCCUCAUCACAAGAGUAUUCGAGUCACUCCUUCGGACUUGCAAGGAUCGAUUCUCCAUUGAGACCAAUACCGCCGUAACAUCUAUCACGUAUUCUCCCGAGUCGGACAGCGGAUAUCCGUAUGUCCUUGCCACUUCACGAGGCAGUAUUCGAGCCACCAAGGUAUUCCACUGCACAAAUGGGUUCUCCGGACAUCUGCUGCCUCGUCUCAGGGGCAAAAUCUACCCACUCCGUCUUACAAUGUCAUCUCAAGGCCGUGGCAGACAGUUCCCCAAUUUGGGUGCACAAAAUUGCUGGAUGUUCUACAGCAUGCCUGCGUAUGAUGAUGAGUCCGGGGUGUUUACUUCCGGCAUGUAUUAUAUGCAGCAGAAUGCCAAAACUGGGGACCUCUUCUUCGGUGGAGAGAAGCAGCUGCUGGAAGAAAAAGUGACGUCUGACGAUACCAAAGUCAGUGCUGUGUCCAUCGAAAAUGUUUCUUCAAUUUUGCCGACAUUGUUCCUCGAAGGAUGGGAUGAUCCAAAGACAGGAGCCGCGCAUGAUCCAGAGAUCCAUCGGAUAUGGUCAGGUAUCGCUGCCGCAACACCAGAUCAACUCCCUCUGGUUGGAAAGAUACCACUUAGCAUUACGGGGCGCGGCAUUGAAGGCAGUGAAUGGAUUGCAGCUGGUUACAAUGGAUAUGGUAUGACACAGUGUUGGUCCGCUGGUGAAGCCAUCGCCAGAAUGGCAUUAGGAGAGCCAGUCCCGAACUGGCUUCCAGAGAUGUACUUGGCUACUGAAGAGCGCCUCAAAGACGAUGGGCGCAUGGGCUCUGAAGCAGCAAUUCAUGCUAUAGCAUAG